CCUAACACGCCCGGCGCGUGGUCCUCGCCCGCCGGAUGUUGAUGGCGUCGCCUAGCAACGGGAAAUGGCGGAGCAGGGCGACUCGGCCGGCGGGUCUCAUCUGGAAGGUGAAUCAUCUUCUGAAGAAGAGGACCAGAAUAAUGCAAGGGACGGGGUAUCAGCAGUAGAGGAAAGCAGCGACCAGAGAAAUGAAGAAGCUGAGCGUCCUACAGAGCAUUCCAGAAAGGAAAUUGAAAAUGACGGGGAAGUCACAGCCCAGGGGGAGGAUGAAGACGAUGAAGCUGAAAUCCAAGGGGUAAUGGAUUCGGAAGAGGAAUUUGAAUCUGAGGGGAAAUUAGAAUCUGAUAUGGAAGGCAUGGCCCCUGGAGGGAAAGCCAGUUCUUCAGAUCUGGCUUCCUCAAGCUUCGGUCCUGGGGAGGUGCCCAGAGAUGGAGUCGGUCCCCCAUACCCGCCUGAAAGAGCAAGGAAGAAAUCUCAUCUCGAAGACGGAGCGGCCCCACGCUCAUCCACAUCCAGAGGAGGGGGGGUCAUCUCCACAGAGCUCUCCCAGCAAGUGCCAGGCUCAUCUGAGCAAAUGGACCAGGCGUCAUUGCAGGGAGCGCUCCAGCAGAAGGUCUUCCCUCUGGGGGCUCAGCACCGCCAGAGCCCAGGGAGCAGCUACACAUCCCUGGACUUUGAUGAACAGCCUCCGGGCACGGAGGGCCCCGCCGCACAGGAGCCAGAGUCUGACGCCGGCACCAGCGAAGGAGCCACACCUUCGUUCCUGGACAGGAUCCAGCAGCUAAGCAUGGCGGAGGAAGGGGACCUGGUGGAGAGGAUGGAGUCCGAGGGUAGUGAUGAGGCUGAAGAAGACAGGUCCCAACUGGUGGUUUUGGACCCAGACCACCCUCUGAUGAUAAGAUUCCAGGCUGCCCUGAAGAACUACCUUAACCGGCAGAUAGAGAACGUGAAGCUGGAGCUUCAAGAGCUGGGCGUGGCCACCAAGCAAAGCCGAGUCCAGCGGCAGGAGCUGGGGGUGGACCUCUACGGGGUCCAGCAGCACCUGGCCCGCCUACAGAUGCAGCUGGAGAAGAACCAUGACCGCCACUCGAUCGCUGCCUGUGCCAGGCGGCAGAAGGAGGAGGAGCUUCAGAGCGUGCGCUUGCUCUACGCCCGGACCUGCGAGACUGCCAACGAGGAGCGCAAAAAGCUGACGGCUCUGCAAACGGAGAUGGAGACCCUGGCUCUGCACCUCUUCUACAUGCAGAACAUAGACCAGGACGUGCGUGAUGACAUCCUCAUAAUGAAGCAAGUUGUGAAGAAGUCAGAGGCUGAGCGCUCUCGGGCUGAGUUGGAGAAGAAACAGCAGGACCUGCACGUGGACCAGCUCACCACCCGAGCCAACCAGCUGGAAGAACAAACCGCGCUGUUCGAGGCUCAGUACCACGCGCAGGUUGAGGACACUCGGAUGCUCAGGAAAGCAGUGAACGAGGCCUGCACGGAAAUUGACACCAUCAACGUGGAGAAAAAGCGCAUCCUGCAGCAGUGGGCCACCAGCCUGCUGGGCAUGAAGCACCGCGAUGAGGCUCACAGGACCAUCCAGGAGGCGCUCAGCGAAUGCCAGCAUCAAGCCAAGUCCAUGGACGGUGAGCUCGAAGCCUAUAAGAAAUCCAUCGUGAAGGAGGAAGAAAAGAACGAGAAACUGGCCAGCAUCCUGAAUCGGGCAGAGACGGAAGCCAGCCUGAUGCAGAAACUGACGGCGCAGUGCCUGGCCAAGGAGGAGGCCCUGCAGAACGAGUUCAGCACCUACAGGCUCACCCUGCUGGACACAGAGGACGCGCUGGGCAAGGCCCAAAUGGAAUACGCAGCCACCAUGGGCGAAUUGCAGACUCUCCACCAGACCGUCCAGCACGAGCUGGAGCUGAGGAGGAAGACGGAGGCCUCCAUUGUGGAGAAGCUGCAGGAACACAUGACCUCCAACAAGAUGACCAAGUACUUCCACCAGCUCAUCCUGAAGCUCCAGAAGGAAAAGACCAACCUGGUGACACAUCUUUCCAAAAUUGACGGUGACAUUGCUCAGGCCACCCUGGACAUAACAAACACCAGCUGCAGGCUGGACAUGCAUCAGAAGACGCUGGCCGAGCUGGACGAGGAAGUGAGAAAAGUCAACGACCUCAUCGCCAACAGCGAAAAUGAAAUCUCCAGGCGCACGAUUCUGAUUGAGAGAAGACAAGGCCUCAUCAACUUUUCCAACAAGCAGCUGGAGCAGAUGGUUUCUGAGCUUGGGGGGGAAGAAGUGGGGCCCCUGGAGCUGGAGAUCAAGAGGCUGACCAAGCUGACGGAGGAGCUCAGCGCCAGUGUGACCAGGGCCCAGGUGACCUGGCUCCGGCUGCAGCAGGAGAUGGUGAGGGCCACCCAGGAGCGGGAGGAGCAGCUGGCCUCCCUGGACCUGUCCAAGAAGGAGAUCCACAUCCUGGAGCAGAAGAAGACACGAACAGAGAACAAGAUCGACCAGGAGAAGAAGGAGCAGAAGGAGAUCCAGCGCCACAUGAGGAACCUGGACAGCGACCUGAAGAAGCUCAACGUGCUGAUGAACAGGAGCCGCUGCAGCUCGGAGGACCUGCAGCAGGAAAACCUGGCGACGGAGAACGAGUUCCUGCGAGCGCUCAAGGCCUCGGAGCGCGAGACCAUCGAGCUGCAGGAGAAGCUGAACCAGCUCAGCGAGGAGAAGGCGGCCGUGCUCAACAGCCUGGUGGAGGCCGAACACCAGAUCAUGCUUUGGGAGAAAAAGAUCCAACUGGCAAAAGAGAUGCGUGCCUCCGUGGACUCGGAGACGGGGCAGACGGAGAUCCGGGCGAUGAAGGCCGAGGUCCAAAGGAUGAAGGUCAAGCACAGGCAGCUGCUGAAGCAGCAGGAGAAGAUGAUCCGGGACAUGGAGCUGGCCGUCGCCCGCAGAGAGACCAUCUCCGCCCGGGCCGAGGGGCAGGGCAAGCUGGACAAGAGGCUGCUCACCCGGACGGACUUCCACCACAAGCAGGCGGAGCUGCGCCGGAAGGUCAGGGACAUUCACAAGGCCACCGAGGAGUGCACCAAAACCAUCCUGGAACUGGAAGAAACUCAGAGAUCCCUGAGUGAGUCCCUCGUGGAGAAGCAGGAGCAGCUGUCAAAGAUGCAGUCCAAGGCCGAUGAGCUCGAAGCCGACCUGGACCGGCUGGCGGCCCUCAAGCGGCAGGUAGAACCUUUCCACCCUCGUGGCCCUGCAAACGCGCCUCAAGCACCUGCAGGCCGUGAAGGACGGGCGGUACGUCUUCCUGCUCCGCAACAAGCAGUCGCUGCUGUCGGAGCUCAAGCGUCUGGAGGACCGGCUGGGCAGCAUCAACAACAUCCUCCACCACGUGAAGGAGGAGUACCCGCAGUUCCAGGGGGCCCUGCUCAAGGUCAGCCAGUCCAUCACCAACGGGCUGGGGUCCCCUGGGCCCUAGAGAGCACCUGGACACCCCUCUUCCAAGGCGGGCCCCCAAGGAAGGGAUCAGUUUUGUGCAUUGUCAGGGACUUUGAAUACGUGUGUCUGUCCCUGCUUUACUGAAAGUCACUGCUGCCCUCAGAGAAUGACGCCACUUAAAAAAAUAGGCCAGCGCUGUAGGAAUUGUUUGUUUAGCCACCCAGCUGUAUAAAUCAGGUCAAAUCCCAACGUUUCCAGUUCCAUUUUCCACAAGUAUUCCAUUUGCAAAGCAGACCCCCGUGCCCUCGCUGGGCUUACUCGUCCAAGGAAAAUGGGAAACCAGGUCUCUGUUCCCGCCCCACUCCCAGCUUGGGUUAAAUCCAGAUUCCCAGCUCACCGGAGCAAGUUCGGGAGGACGUGAAGCCCUUGCGGAGUCUGCAGGGCCUGACGUCUGCGAUUAGACCGUGCAGGUGCAGGAACACAGACCUCCCUGUCUGUGCCCGGUCCCCACCACCCUGGUCCACCCCGGGCUCCUCCUCCCACGCUCAAACUCCUGAACACCUGCUGUCUAUGGCUUCUUCGAGGGCUUAAGGGGAACGGUAAUUUUACAAAGUAAUUUUAAACUUUUCAGCAGGAAAAUAAAGUUUUUUUCUGAA